GAUAUAAUCAUAUAAGUAACUAAAAUGUGUGCAGAAGGUAGUAAACCGUUGAGACGCUAUUGAAAUGAUGCAGAAAAUUUGCAUUCUUUUCUCAUUUUUACCAAUAUGUAACUUUUAUCCUCAACUUCUUUAUCAUAUCUCACUGUCUUAAAUAUAUUCUAUAAAAUUCUUGAAAAUGUUAACCCAAACUAUUGGCGAGUAGCUUUAAUACAUAUUUUCCGUGUACCAUUAUUCUUUGAAAAAGAAACAAAAACAAACAAACAAGAAAAAAAACCCGAUCUGUUUAUUGCAUUAUGUGCAUUAUUUCAGUAUGAAGCAAGUAAGUCAACGUAAUAUACUACGGACCACACUACACAACAUGAGAACAGCACUUUGGUGGAUAUGUGUCAUUAUUUUCGUUUCAAGCUGUUUGUCGUCUGCAGAAAGUGUGAUUGGCAUGGACAUAAAAACUGCGACAUUUCAAAUGUUGCAUGAACACCCGAAAUUAAAGAAGUGCACAGAAACUAUCCUGCAAAAGCACGAGUAUGUUGGUUGUCGUGUAUCUAUGCAGACAGGCCAGUGCGAAGGCUUAGACCACAACUGGGGAUUGCAUCCAACAUUAGAACAAGGAUAUGCAUAUGCGAAGAAGAUGUAUGUUCAACAAAAUUUCUACCCACCGCUUGAGAUUAAAGAAGAAAAUAAUCCCAUUUCGAGGAUUCCCGUUGUGCUAAAUGCCGGAGCACGAAUAGAUAUACAUAUUUCACUUGAGAAACAUCCUGAUCCGAAAAGUGACCCUAUCCCAGAGUUACUUGUUCUAAAAUUAAUGAGAGUGAACGCUAAAGUGCGGAGUCCUUCACUGGCGGAAAGCAGAAAUCUUGUUCUAAGGUUUCUCGGUGGUACAAAGUUAGAGCUUGAUGAAGUGUCUGGAAAGAUUUGGUCAGAAGAAACAGAAAAACUGAGAUCACUGGAAAUCAUUAAGAUUUCUCUCCUAGUUCAGGCUGACUCAGCUGCUGUGCUCGUUGGUGACGAAGUGAUAGGAAUGAUGAAACUUGUUAAUCACCCUCGCAACAUGAGCUGGCUCGAUCUUAAAAAAUGUGUAUGGUGCCCCCAUCAAUAUGUAGCAACAUUUAUUCACAGAGUCGAGUUCACAGGAAAAUAGUCUUUGACUAUAGCAGAACAUUAUUAUUACAUACAUUAUUAUUAACAAUGUACUACUUUUGCGUCUUGGUGAUUUUAAUAUUAUGAUUAUUGGUCUGUAUUUUUAAAUGCUCUAUUGUAGCCUGUAUGAACCAGUUAUUAGUGAUGUUUACAACGAGAACUUUUCCGAUAAGAACUUUCAUUUAAGCUAUUGUGCGUGUUACAUGCUCUGUGAGCAAAAUCCAAUCAAUUUUGUAUCUAACAGGUUCUUUAGUUUGCAUUCCAUGAACAAACUCAGUCGAACCAAGUCUGCUAUUAUUUUGCUUGAUUCAGUUCUAUGCUUCCAAAGAAGCUUCUUAUAGAAUUUAUAUUGUUUUAACUAUCACAACAGAAAUCUUUUAUGUACCGUGCCGCGGCUGCAAAAAGUUUCCCCGUACUUGGAUUUAGUGCUGUUCUAUAUUUGCUCAAGUGAGUUUUUAUGAUCGCUCGAUGUCCGGCGUCCAUCGUCUGUCUGUCAACAUUUAGCUUGUGUAUGCGAUAGAGGCUUUAUUUUUCAACUGAUCUUCAUAAAAUUUUGUCAGAAUGAUAACCUUGAUAAAAUCUAGACCAAGUUCAAAAAUGGGUCAUCUGGAAUAAAAAAACUAGGUCAUUAGGACAAAUCAAAGAAAAACUUUGUGUAUGCAUUUUUGGCUGUAUUUCUUAACUGACUUUUGUGAAAUUUUAUCAGAAUUAUUAGCUUGAUAAAGUUUGGGCAAAUUUUAAAAAUGGGUCAUCUUGGGUCAAAAAUAUGUCACUAAGUCAAAUGGAAAAAAAAAAACAUGUCUAUGCGAUAGAAGCUGUAUUUUUUUUCAAUUUUGGUCAGGAUUAUUGCCUUGAUAAAAUCUAGGCCACGUUUGAAUAUUGGUCAUCUGCGAUCAAAAGCUAGGUCAUAUCAAAGAAAAAACUUGUGUAUGCAAUAGGGACUGCAUUUUACACCAGAUCCUUAUGAAAUUUGAUCUCAAUGUUGAUCUUGAUAAAAUCUAGGUCAAGUUUGAAGUUUGGUUAUCUGUGGUCACCCAGUCAAGUUAAAGAAAAAGUUUGUGUACACAAAAGGGGCUGCAGUUUAAAUUGGAUAUUCAUAAAAUUUAGUUAGAAUAAUUGCCUUGAUGAAAUUCAGGAGAAUUUUGAAUAUGCGUUAUCUGGGGUUAAAAACUAGGUCACUGGGUCAAAUCAAAGAAAACGAUUGUGUAUGCGAUAUUGGCUGUAUUUUUCAACUGAUCUUUAUGAACAUUUUGUCAAAAUGAGUACCCUCAUGUAAUCUAGGCAAAGUUUGAAAAUGUGUCAUCUAGAGUCAAACACUAGGUCACUAGGGCAAAUCAUAGAAAAACCUUCUGUUUGUGAUAGAGGUUGUAUUAUUCAAUUUAUCUGCAUGAAUUUGAGAUAGAGUAAUUGCCUUGAUAAAAUCUAGGUCACGUUCGAAUAUAGGUCAUCUGGCGUCAAAAACCAGGACACUAUGUCAAAUUAAAGAAAAACAUUGUGUAUGCAUUAAAGGCUGCAUUUUACAUCGGAUCUUCUUGAAAUUUGAUCAGAAUGUGUGUGUAAAUAAAAUUAUGGUCGAGUUUGAAUAUGGGUCAUCUGGGGUAAGAAAACUAGGUCACUCGGUCAAUUAAAGAAAAACCUUGUGUAUGCAAUAUAGGCUGCAUUUUACACUGGAUAUUCAAAAGAUUUAGACCGGAUGAUGGACUGGAUAAAAUCUACCCCAAAUUCAAAUAUGGUCAUCUGGGGAAACAUCUUUACUCUGUUAUGAUGUGUUUCUCAGGUGAGCGGCCUAGGGCCAUCUUGGCCCUCUUGUUUCGUCGUUUAGGAUCAUAGAGUCCAUGCAAUGAGGGCGGAUGAGAGAUGUUGCAAAUUUCAUUACCUUCCAUUAACAGAGUCAGUCAAGCCGAAUCUGUUAUCAGAUUUAGGUUGCGUCCCUACUUCCAAAGGAUUUAUUAAAUUUGGUCAUGGGCUGCUUUCUUUCGAAAUAUCAUGAUCAACAUUACAAACAUUUUAUAUUCGUCUUUAUUGUAGUAUAUUAUAUUAAGUGAUUUUACGGAUUACGUCAUAAAUGCUAAUAUAGAUAUAAAUCAUGAUUAAAUAAAAGGGGUAGAAAGAAAAUGGGUAGUAAUUUUCGGCGACCGGUAAAUCUAGUACAUUUUUGUUUUUUUGUUAAAAAAGAGAAGAAAAUCAAGAAAAGACCAUUUCAUUCUUAAUUUUAAAGAGAGAAAGAGAGAGAGAGAGAGAGAUAGUGUGUGUGUGUGUGUGUGUGUGUGUGUGUGUGUGUGUGUGUGUGUUUGUGUGUGUGUGGUAAUGCAUUAGACAAAUUACGACCAAGCGCCUAGCAAUACAAUCGAGCGUGCAUUUACAGUACCCAAUCUUCCAUCUCAUUAUGCGAUGUUUUACGUCGUGGGAGCGAAAAAAAAUCAUUAUAUAAAUUUUGUAUUCGCACUUUAUAGUUAUAUAAAUCUUUGACGUUGAAGUCGUUCUUUCUUAGUAAACGUUGGUAGACUUCAGUUAGUCUAUUAUAGGUAACUUGAUGUUUCAGCGGGAAAAAACUUACAUGUGAUAAAAAGAAUAUUACAUAGAUAGGUAACUUGAUGUUUCAGCGGGAAAAAAACUUACAUGUUAUAAAAAGAAUAUUACAUUUAUGUUUUUUCUAUACUGAAUUUAUCUAACGUGUUGAUUUAUUCAACUCAUUUAAUAAAUUCAGUAUGAAACGACACCCAUGUAAUACCCUAGAUAUAUUUCGUGCACAUGUUUGUAGCAGUUCAAAAGGAUGUUUAUUAGUAAAAAGUCAAGGUUAGUGUCAUUUUCAGUUUUGUAAGUGAAUAGCAAGUAGUACAACUGAAGUAUUAAAACCACUUAAAUAUAAGAAUAAAGUCAUUUUCUAUACAUAGUUAUAACAUUUUUACACUGAAAACAAAACGUUAAGUCAGUAAAAUACAUGUGAAUUUCCAAAGGAUUAAUUAAAAGCUGGAUCAAUGCCUGAAUACGGAACUAAAAGCUCGAAAUCUAAAAUGUGCUGAAUGAAUAGAACCGGGGAUUACAGUUCCGGACUAGUUGAAUAAUGGCAAUGAGAAACAAAUUCUCAUUUUUUAUGUUAUAGUGGCAUUUCCAUGUUUUAAACCAGUUCCUGUGUUUAUUUCCUUGUGGAUCUAUACUUGGCAUUUUGGUACUAUCCAACCAGAGAUAUCUGAUAGUGACGUCAUAUUGUGUUUACUUUUCAAUGUUUACCUUAUACUGUACUGGAUUAUUAUUAUGUUUCUUUCCCCAAAGCCUGCAUGGCUACGUAGCCUAGAGGAUAACGGCGCUGUCGUAGUAACCGAAAAAUACCGAGUUCGAAUCCGGUCGGCGGAACUUUUUUCCCGCACGAUAUAUUUUUUUCAACUAUAUAGUUAUCUUGAUUUUCUAGUGCAUCACGAAUUAUGCGUACAGAAUAAAUUGUGUAGAAAACGUUCGUUAUUUCACUCCACAUAAAAUGGCUAAAAUGGCUAUGAACACGUUUUUAACUGUAACGAGCCUUUGGAGAAUAACGAGAAAGCAAUAUCUAUUCUAAAACACAAUAGACGGACGGUGAGACAUGCUUAUGUUGCAUUAACAUUUUGUAAACUUCAUACUAUAAUAAAUGAUUGAUAAUUAAAAAAAUACUAACAAAAAAGCACAAAACAUAUGAAAACAACAUUUUUCCAAAUCAAGGAAGCAAAUGUAACUGGUCUUUCAAACAAUAUUUUUUUUUUGCUACAAAAAUACAUAAAAUAUACAUCGCCUACCACUGGUUUCGAACUUACAUCGCCUGCGUGACAAGUAGCCAACACAUCCACUGGGCUAUACCUUACAUAAGUUUCUCAUACGAUAAGGACAUAUUUCUAUCUAUUAUAGGUAUACAUCCGUUUGGGGAUAUACCGUGGUUAUUUAUAGUUUGUUGACAAAAUGACGUCACUGUCAAAAAUUGUCGGUGGAUUAGUACACAUGUAUUCUUAUCCACAUUUUAGCUGUUAGUUUGGAAGAUAUUGUUGACCUGUCAGACAAAAACUCUCUCUAAGAAGAUGCUUGAUCCCUACCUUUCUUGGUUUGUUUUUGUUUCAAUGUCAUUUCAGAAUCUGG